UGGGAGCGGCCGCGCUCAGCCAAUCGGGAGGCGCGGGCGAGCGGCGCGAGAAGCGGCGGCCGCGUUCUCGGCCGGGACCGGGCGAUCCAGACGUCGCUGGACCAGGAGCUGCGUCUCUGAUGGAUACCGAGGGCUUUGGCGAGCUCCUGCAGCAGGCUGAGCAGCUCGCUGCCGAGACCGAGGGCAUUUCGGAGCUUCCCCAUGUGGAACGGAACCUGCAGGAGAUCCAGCAGGCGGGCGAGCGCCUGCGUUCCCGCACCCUCACGCGCACGUCCCAGGAGACAGCGGACGUCAAGGCGUCGGUUCUUCUGGGGUCUCGGGGACUCGACAUAUCUCACAUCUCGCAGCGACUGGAGAGUCUGAGCGCAGCCACCACCUUUGAGCCGCUCGAACCGGUGAAGGACACAGACAUUCAGGGUUUCCUGAAAAAUGAGAAGGACAAUGCCCUGCUGUCGGCCAUCGAAGAGUCCCGGAAGAGGACCUUCGCCAUGGCUGAGGAGUACCAUCGAGAGUCAAUGCUGGUCGAGUGGGAGCAGGUGAAGCAGCGGAUCCUCCACACACUGCUGGCCUCGGGGGAGGACGCCCUGGACUUCACUCAGGAAAGUGAGCCCAGUUACAUCAGCGAUGCGGGGCCCCCUGGCCGCAGCUCUCUGGAUAGCAUCGAGAUGGCCUACGCCCGUCAGAUCUACAUCUAUAACGAGAAGAUCGUCAGCGGGCACCUGCAGCCCAGCCUCGUGGACCUUUGUGCUUCGGUGGCUGAGCUGGAUGAUAAGAACAUCUCUGACAUGUGGACCAUGGUCAAGCAGAUGACAGACAUCCUGCUCACCCCGGCAACGGACGCCGUUAAGAGCCGCAGCAGCGUGGAGGUGCGCAUGGACUUCGUCCGGCAGGCCCUGGGCUACCUGGAGCAGAGUUACAAGAACUACACCCUCGUGACCGUCUUCGGUAAUUUGCAUCAGGCGCAGCUGGGUGGCGUACCUGGCACCUACCAGUUGGUUCGAAGUUUUCUGAACAUCAAGCUUCCCGCUCCCUUGCCCGGACUUCAGGACGGGGAGGUGGAAGGCCACCCCGUGUGGGCGCUGAUCUACUACUGCAUGCGCUGCGGAGACCUGCUGGCCGCCUCUCAGGUGGUCAACCGAGCCCAGCACCAGCUGGGCGAGUUCAAAACCUGGUUCCAGGAGUACAUGAACAGCAAGGACCGCAGAUUGUCCCCAGCUACGGAGAACAAGUUGCGGCUGCAUUACCGCCGGGCCCUGCGGAACAACACCGACCCCUACAAACGCGCCGUCUACUGCGUCAUCGGCAGAUGCGACAUCACCGACAACCAGAGCGAGGUGGCCGACAAGACCGAGGACUACCUGUGGCUGAAGUUGAACCAGGUGUGCUUCGAUGACGACGGUACCAGCUCGCCCCAAGACCGGCUCACGCUCUCGCAGUUCCAGAAGCAACUACUGGAAGACUACGGCGAGUCCCACUUCACGGUGAACCAGCAGCCCUUCCUGUACUUCCAAGUGCUGUUCCUGACAGCGCAGUUCGAGGCGGCCAUCGCCUUCCUGUUCCGCACAGAGCGGCUGCGCUGCCACGCCGUGCACGUGGCCCUGGUGCUCUUCGAGCUGAGGCUGCUGCUCAAGUCCUCGGGCCAGAGUGCCCAGCUGCUCAGCCACGAGCCCGGAGACCCUCCCUGCGUGCGGCGGCUGAACUUCGUGCGGCUCCUGAUGCUCUACACCCGCAAGUUCGAGUCCACGGACCCCCGGGAGGCCCUGCAGUACUUCUACUUCCUCAGAGACGAGAAAGACAGUCAGGGAGAAAACAUGUUUCUGCGCUGCGUGAGUGAGCUCGUGAUAGAAAGCCGAGAGUUUGAUAUGAUCCUUGGGAAACUAGAAAACGAUGGAAGUAGGAAGCCUGGAGUCAUAGAUAAGUUUACCAAUGACACGAAGCCUAUCAUCAACAAAGUUGCUUCCGUGGCCGAAAAUAAAGGACUGUUCGAAGAAGCGACCAAGCUAUAUGACCUUGCCAAGAAUGCUGACAAGGUGCUAGAGCUGAUGAACAAACUGCUCAGCCCCGUGGUCCCCCAGAUCAGCGCGCCCCAGUCCAACAAGGAGAGGCUGAAGAACAUGGCCCUCGCCAUCGCAGAGAGGUACAGGGCUCAGGGAAUCAGUGCAAAUAAGUUCGUGGACUCCACAUUCUACCUUCUGCUGGACUUGAUCACCUUCUUCGAUGAGUAUCACAGUGGUCACAUCGACAGAGCCUUUGAUAUCAUUGAUCGCCUGAAGCUGGUGCCCCUGAACCAGGAGAGUGUGGAGGAGAGAGUGGCGGCCUUCCGGAACUUCAGCGAUGAGAUCAGACACAACCUCUCAGAGGUCCUGCUGGCCACCAUGAACAUCCUGUUCACGCAGUUCAAGAGGCUCAAGGGCACGAGCCCGUCAUCGACGUCCAGGCCCCAGCGCGUCAUGGAGGACCGCGACUCUCAACUGCGCAGCCAAGCCCGAGCCCUGAUCACCUUCGCCGGGAUGAUCCCCUAUCGCACGUCGGGGGACACCAACGCCAGGCUCGUGCAGAUGGAGGUCCUCAUGAACUAGCGCCGUGCCGGGGGGCUGGGGGCCAGGCGC